AUGGGAAUCAAUGCGAAAGAAAAGAAUGGAAGUGAAUUACGCUUGCACUCUAAUCUUUACUCGGCUUUGUACGAAGAAUUUGUAGGUAAUCUCACUGUUAUUAAGUGUCCCACCAAGCCAAGCGUGUACUACCUAAAAAAUAAUUCCAAGGAAGUAGUACUGCCUUUAUUUCAUCCACCAGGAAAUUUUCGUUUGAUUAUCGACAUAAAAACAGAGAAGGAAGUAUCUAUUACGGCAAAGCUAAUCUGGAGAUAUCGUGUUAUGCGUAUAUAA